GACUCAGGGCGGUCGGGACAUGGGCAUGGCGGAUGGCUCUACUUGUUGCACAGUAAGGCGUGUUCAAUAAAUCUUUUACCCAGGAUACUGCAGACAAUUGGUUCCAAAGUUCAAGGGUAAAAUAUCCCGGAGCACAGCAGAGAGUGGCGAACCAGAAGAGGACGAGUCAAAGAGAAGUUUCAAGGAAUUUACACAGUCCAGACAAAAUAUGGCCGAAAGCUCAAGUCCUAAAGGCGGCACUGGGGACUUUGCAAAAAAAGUCCAAAGACAGCUAAGCAGAAGCAAAGAAAAGGUACUGCAAAAGUUGGGGAAGACAGUGGAGAGCAGAGAUGACGACUUUGAACAUUGUCACCAACAGUUUAACGACCAGCAGAGUGAUGGGAACCGCAUGUACAAGGACCUGAGGAACUACAUUAAUGCAGUUAGAGACAUGCGUGAAGCUUCAAGACGCCUUUCUCAGUCUGUGUUUGAUGCUUAUGAACCCGACUGGGCUGGAGAGGAAGAUUUAGGAGCCAUUGUAGAGGGGGAGGACCUCCUGUGGAACGACUUGGAGGUGAAGCUAUUAGAUCAGGCCGUACACAACAUGGAGACCUACGUGAACCAAUUCCCAGAUGUCCGGGAGAAAGUAGCCAAGAGGGGAAGAAAACUGGUCGACUACGACUCUUCCCUUCACCACCUGGAGUCACUGCAGACUGCUAAGAAGAGGGAUGAUGUCAAGAUCAACAAGGCAAAAGAAGAGAUGAAUGCUGCCAAAGGUGUCUAUGAAGGGAUCAACACUGAGUUAAAAGAAGAGCUGCCAGUGCUCUUUGACUCAGCCGUUGGAUGCUUUGUGACAGUCUUCUCAGCUGUAUCCAAUAUAAGAGAAAUCUUCUAUAAGGAAAUGAGCUCGCUCAACCUUGAUCUACAGAAUGUGAUAAAGGAGUUGCAGGCUCAGCAUCCGGACAAAAUGUUUUCUUUAAAGGGAAUGCAACGAUAUGGCUCCCUGAAGAGACGAAGUCUGAUGUCCCCCAAGGCCUGGAAAGCCAGCUUCUCUGAGUUUCACAAGAGCUAUAGUCCUAAACCAGGCCAGAGGUUUAGUUUCAGGUCCCCAGACAAGCCUCGCCACAGCACUUUGUCCAGAGAGAGCAGCAUCCUCGGAGUCUCAUCGCAAUCGACCCUCCCGGAGAGCCUCACUUCGAGCCACAGUGAGAUCCACAGUUCUCCUCAAGAAGACGCUCCAGCUGAAAAUGAGCAGAAGUCUGGAGAGAACAACGUUGAUGUGGAAGAGGAGAAAGGCACGAAAGAAGAGGAGUCUGAGCCGAAGCCUCCUGCAGAAUCUGAUCCUAAGGCAGACGGUGGGAAAGCUCUACCAAGUGAGAGCAGCUCUGAACUGAACAACUCCUGUGAUUCAGAGAGCUUGGAGCUUCAGCUGUCUGCUGCAGACGACGGCCCGCUGCACAUUGAAGAGAGAGAAGACAGCCCGGUAAACCUCAACAUCCCGAAACCAAACAGACUGGAGAAUGGUGAAGCGUCUGGGUUACACCCCGACAAGGACCUGAGCCUUCCUCACAAGGAUGCUCCUGCAGAAAAACAGGCAACUCCAGACUCCAAAAGCACCGAGGUUUAACUUAUUCAGACUUAAGAGAAGCAGAGGAGAUUGAAGUCAACAGCUGCACAAGAAAAGAAAAAUGUUCUGAAAUGUUCAACUGUAAUUUCAGGAAUGAUUGACAUGUGCAUUGAAUUGUUGGUGUUAGCUUUCUUAUUUAUCUUUUAUUGAAAUCAGAUGUACAUACAGUGCAGUUCAUAGUAUGGGUAAAGUCAUAUUUUUGUAACAGCCAUGUUUCAUUUUAAGAAAUCUUUGAAAAGUAUAGAUUAUCGAUAUAGUUUUUACAAACAGGUUUCAUUAUAUUCUGCACCAAAAAUUAGGAAAUCGAAAAGUUAUUUUUAUGUGUCUAAUGUUAGCAAACAUAAAUGCACCCAUAGGUUUACAUUGUUAGAAAUGUUUCUUACUCACUACAGUACCGUAUGCAAAUGAACAUGUGCUGUGGACUUCAUUUUCCAUUUUAAGUUUGAAUUACAUUUAAGAAUAUUUGAUCUUUUUCACUCACAAAAAUGGAAUCAGUUAAUUAGUUGUGCACUGUGAAGGUGAAUCAUUAUUUAAUUCUGAACAGUUCUCUUUUUUUGUAUCACAUUUAUACUGAUUUGUUGACUUGUUCUGGGUUGUUUGAAUUUAAUUUUAGUUGUCAGUAGCUGUGGUUGCUUCUCUGCCAAUAAAGGUUUUAAAAUGAUAAAGAC